UAUCGAUUUGGUGACGUAUGUAAUGGAGGUGGAGACAAGAAGUGGUCAAAGUUGACCUUUUUCUGAAAGUGAAUGUGUCAAUUUGAUAGUGGGAAUUGGCGUUAGUGAUGUUACUAAUGUCGUAUCUAUAGAAACUUAAAAGACUGAUUUUUUUCAGCUUCCAGAUCUGAGUCAUGGCAGCUCCACUUGGUGGAGCUGUAGAUCCGUGGGUCAUCCUUCCACAAGAAAGAGCUCGUUAUGAAGAACAGUUCCGAGCCUUACAGCCUGUUAAUGGUAUUGUUACAGGUGAACAGGCUAAAGGCUUCUUGCUUCAGUCUCAACUUCCACCACAAAUUUUGGGCCAUAUAUGGUCACUUGCAGACACGGAUGCAGAUGGUAAAAUGAAUAUUGAAGAAUUCAGCAUUGCAUGCAAGUUGAUCAACCUCAAACUGCGGAACUUUGAGUUACCCAAGGUGCUACCUCCUAGUCUCUUGCAACAAACAAAACCACUUGGUGGUGUAACUACAAAUAUGCUUCAGAGUACUCCACCUGCUGUUCCACCUAUGCCUCGACCUCCUUUAGCAUCAGGAUCAGCACUUGGAGUUGGUGUACCUCCUUCCAGUGUGGCACCUCCAAUCAUUCCUAUGACUACACAGCAACAUAAUGCAAUUCCAGCAAUGAAAGUUCCUCUUGGUAUGGCACAAGUUACUCCUGUCGGUGUUCCUCCUUCCACAGUUGGAAUUUCUUCUCUUGGAAUGGGUCCCAUCUCUACAGCUUCAGCUGGAAUUCCUUCAGCCCCAUUAAGUAUCAUCACUGCACCUAUGGGUGUUGCUCCAGCUAUUUCACCUGUCAGUGGAAUGUCUGUAACACAGUCUGCUUCUCAUUCACUGAGCAAUGGUUCAGUUGCCGUGGGCCAGAGUGCAGCACCUCCAAGGCCACCACCUGUUUCCACUGUGGUACCUCCGGUUUCUGCCAUAGAGAGAGUAACAUCCCUUGAUUCUCCUUUGUCUGUGGGAUCUCCACUCCAAGAAUGGGCUGUUCCCCAUCAGUCAAAGUUAAAAUACACUCAGUUGUUUAACACAACAGAUCGGGCACGGUCUGGUUUCCUGUCGGGACCUCAAGCUCGGAACAUAAUGGUGCAAACACAGCUUGCACAACCAGUUCUAGCACAGAUAUGGGCAUUGGCAGACAUGGAUUCUGAUGGGCGGUUGUCAUGUGAAGAAUUUGUCUUGGCUUUGCAUUUGUGUGACAUGGCAAAAGCUGGUGAGAAGAUACCACCAACUCUAUCAGCUGACCUCAUACCCCCAACAUUUCGCCGACAGCGUCAGAGCAGUCUGACUGGAGGUGCUACAGGAAUUUCUUCUGAACAAGUUGAAGGGAAAGAUGCAGCUGCAAGCUUGCCAGCAGUUACAUUCGAGGACAAGCGUAAAGAGAAUUUUGAGAAAGGCCAGGCUGAAUUGGAACGUAGACGUAAAGCAUUGUUAGAGAUCCAGCGUAAAGAACAAGAAGAGAGAGAGAGGAAAGAAAAGGAGGAACAAGAAAAAAGGGAACGAAUUAGACAAGAACAAGAACGUCGUCGCCAACUAGAAUUUGAAAAACAGCUGCAGCGGCAACGAGAAGUUGAACAAGAGAGAGAGGAGCAGAGGCGGAGAGCACAGGAACAGAGAGAGGCAGCAAGAAGAGAAAUGGAACGACAAAGGCAGUUAGAAUGGGAGAAACAGCGAUGUCAGGAAUUACAGCAGCAGCGACAGAGGGAACAAGAGAAAGUACUUCGUCUAAAGGCCAAGAACCAGAAUCUCAGUAUAGAGCUCUCACAGUUGAAUGGAAAAGUUAAAGAGUUAUCACAGAAGAUUACUGAGACACGAGUAGGGGUGUCAGGCAUAAAGACAACUAUUGAUGGAAUGCGAACAACGCGAGAUAUUCAGCUGUCAGAAAUGAGUGCCUUGAAGGCUCGGCUUAAGGAACAGAAUCAACGUUUGGUAGCUUUGAGCCAAGAGAAGGCACGACUUGAAGCUCGAAACAAGAUGAAUAUGGCUGCUGACACAGCAAAUCAAGAACAAGUGAAAUUAGCAUUUACUAAUAAACAAAUUACUCUUAAGCAAAUGCGAGACAGGUUGCAGGACUUGCAGAAAGAGAUUGAAGUGAAACUUGAAGAUAUAGAAAAUAAUAAUAGCCAGUUGGGAGAUUUAAAAAAGCAGUUAGCAUCUCUUAUCCAAGAAUGUGAACUCUUAUAUUCAGUAUAUGAAGAACGAAGAAAUAAGGUGCUUGAAAUGAAGGGGUUGAGUGGAAGAAUGAAAGAGCCAGUAGACUUUUCAUCAUCUUGGGGUGAUACAGGUUGGGAUACUGCACCUCAGACAUGGGAUGCAACAGCUACAGAUAACUGGGCUACCACCACUACAGCUACAGUUGCUCCAGCUGCCAGCAGUAACUUACUGAAGUACCGGGCCCUAUAUGAAUUUGUGGCAAGAAAUUCUGAUGAACUGUCAUUCCAGCCAGGUGAUGUCAUUAUGGUACCAAUUAACCAGAAUUCAGAACCAGGUUGGUUGGCUGGAGAGAUCAGAGGUCACACAGGCUGGUUUCCAGAAUCAUAUGUGGAACCCAUCGACAGCCCUUCUGCUGUCACUAUAAUAUCUGAAGGAGGACAGGUCGAUGCAGCUUUAGCAUUCCCACCUGAUAUCAUGGUAGAUACACUGCAAACCAAACGUCAGCUUGAAGGUAUAGCAGAAGUGCCAGAGAAUGUCAGUGAUAAUGGUUCAGUAGCUGAGAUUAUAGGUGAACAAGGCCCUGAGGUAAAUGAGCUCCCAAGUCCUGUGUUGGGACAGGGUACUCCAGUGGAAAAUGUACAAGCACGAGCAUUGUAUGCUUGGAGAGCGAAAAAGAGUAAUCACCUUUCAUUCAACAAAGGCAGCAUAAUUACAGUGAAAGAGCAGCAAGAAUCUUGGUGGUAUGGAGAGCUGGCUGAAUUUCAAGGCUGGUUCCCUAAAUCCUAUGUCACUGUAAUUGAAAUGGGUUCAGGUGUUGGUGAAGAACAUGAGUAUUAUGUUGCAUUGUAUCCGUACCAGUCUACAGAAGCGGGUGACCUCAGCUUUCAACAAGGUGAGGUGGUGCUUGUUGUGAAGAAAGAAGGAGAUUGGUGGACCGGUACUAUAGGUGAAAGGCAGGGCAUCUUCCCGUCCAAUUAUGUCCAAAAGGCUGAGACUGGGCCUGCAGUAACAGUAGCAUCUAAUAACAUUGCACCCAUUGCUGAGCAUCCAGUUGAAGCAGAAACAGCAGCCCCAGUUUUAGCAGUAGCUCCUCCCGUCCAGCAAGUGACCCAGUCUGGAGACAAAUCCCCCAGCACUCCAGAACUAGCAGCUAUGGCUGGAGUUAUUCAGCCUGAAGAUAUAGAGGACGAUAGUGAUUACAAGGGCAAAGGCAAGAAGCCAGAGAUAGCAACUGCGAUUGCACCUUAUCAGGCCACUAGUGCUGAACAGCUGGACUUGGAACGUGGUCAGCUUAUCAUGAUUCGUAAGAAAACAAGCACAGGGUGGUGGGAGGGUGAAUUACAGGCAAAAGGCAAGAAACGCCAAGUGGGUUGGUUCCCUGCCUCUUACGUAAAACUGUUGGGAGCAGGAGGCAGUAACCGCAGCACACCAGUCUCGCACAAACAUCAAGAACAAGCUGCACAGCAGCAGCAGCAACAAAAACAAGAACAAGAACAACAAAAACCUGCAUCCACAGAGGCAAUUAUUGAAAAAGUCGUAGCUCUCUACCCAUACUCAGCUUUGAAUGAAGAUGAACUUAGCUUUGAGAAAGAUGAUGUGAUCACACUGUUGGCACGUGAGGAGGCUUCUUGGUGGCGAGGUGAACUGAAGGGUGUGUCUGGUCUGUUCCCCAGCAAUUAUGUUGCACCCAUAUCAUCUGUGCACUUAACAGCAAUGCAGAAGAAACAUCAGGAUGCUAUCCUAGAGCUUAUAACUACUGAACAGACCUAUAUUGAUGACAUGAUAACUGUUCAUGAUGUUUUUGAGAAACCCCUACUGGAAUGUCAGAUUCUUAGUCCUCAAGAUGUACAGAAGAUAUUUGUCAACUGGAGGGAAAUUAUUGACUGUAACUACAUGUUUCUCAGGGCCCUACAAGUGAGAAGAGAUAUGAGUGAAGGAGGGCUAAUUCGCAUGAUAGGUGACAUCUUAUGUGAAAAUUUGCCAUGCAUGACAGCAUAUAUCCGUUUCUGCAGCCGUCAGCUGAGUGCAGCUAAGUUUCUUCAGCAGUUAACAGAAGAAUCAGCAGAUUUCCGAAACAUAGUGAAGCAGUGUCAAAGUGAUCUCCGCACAAAUGGCAUGCCCCUUAGCAGCUUUCUCAUCAAGCCUAUGCAGCGUAUAACCAAAUAUCCACUACUUAUUAAAAAAAUUCUAGACUACACUCCAGAUGACCAUCCUGACAGGCAGAACUUACAAGAGGCUCUUGCCAAAGCUGAAGAAUUCUGCACACAGGUAAAUGAAGGUGUGCGGGAAAAAGAAAACUCAGAUCGUUUAGAAUGGCUUCAACGCUGUGUGCAUUGUGAAGGCCUGGAGGAAAAUCUUGUGUUCAAUUCCAUGACAAACUCGCUUGGUCCACGAAAAUUUCUUCAUUUUGGUGUUCUCCAUAAGGCCAAAAGUGGUAAAGAAUUAGUUGGUUUCUUAAUGAAUGACUUCCUUCUACUAGCUCAACCUCCUAAACCCUUGGGAAACUCAUUCUCAUUUGAGAAAUGUGCCAAUACCACAUUUAAACUGUAUAAAAAGCCAAUGUUCCUGAAUGAACUUUGUGUGUCACAACAAGAGAGUGGGCAGUUAAAGGGUACAUCAGUCAACAGUGAAGGAAGUGGUAAUGAAUCACCAGAGAUAUCACAGCUGUUGCGUCUACAAGAUGUCAGAAGAAAGACAUGUUAUAACAUGCUUGCACCUAGUGUUAAAGAACGGAAUCUCUGGUUCAAAUGCCUUGAACAAGCUUGCAAUGAAUUCCUUGAGAAUGAAAAAUGUCACUUACAAAGACAGCAGUCAAAGCAGGCCCAAUUUGGAGCAUGUGGCAGGAUUCUGGUUGUUGUGAUGGAAGGAGUCGGGCUGAAACCCCACUCAGCCAGUGGCAAAUGUGGUAUAUUUUGUGAAGUAACUAUGGGUGCACAGAAAAAUCGAACAAAGGUGGUGCCAGCUACAUCCGAAGUUCAGUGGAAUGCUACAAUGCAGUUCCUCAUUAAGGACCUACAGGAAGAUGUUCUUUGCAUCACAGUAUUUGACCGUGGACAUUUUUCUCCAAAUGAGUUCCUGGGUCGAACAGAAGUUCGUAUAGCAGAUAUAUUGCGGGCAACACAAAACGGUAAUGGACCAAUCAUUAAAAGACUAUCACUUCAUCUUGUUAAAACUGGUGAGAUACUCCUCAAGUUGGAUCUGAGGUUAUUCAACAAAGUUACUUGAACUAUGACAGAAAUGACUAUCACUUCUUUUUCUGAAAGAAAUGAAGGAGAGACAUGUGGAGCUAAUCUCAACAUUUACUUUAUAGUACAAUAUCCUACAGUUGCAACAUGGAGCAAGGCAUUUGAAGGAACCCGUAUUUUUCCUAUCAUACAUGAAAGUGCAGCUGAACCAUUUUCCAUGCAUUUGGUGCAAAAAGUGUAUGGAAAUUAUUACACUGUUUUAGUGAAGUAUAUAGACUAUAAGGAUUUUAUUAUUGUUAGAAACAUUUUGUGUAUUUAAGAACUCUACAUUCAAUUUUUACUUCCAAGAAUUAUUUAUACUGAAGCAUUUUCCAAGUCAUUUUAGUAUUUGUUGACAUGUAUGGUUAGACUGUUAAAGCUUUCAACCUUGUGUAAUGAAAUGUUGAUUUAUUUCUUUAUAAAGGCUUUUAUAAUGGAUUCUCAGAAAGGAAAGUGAAAAAUAUAUAUCAUCAAGAACCAGCAAGUACCAAAACAAUAAGUAUUACAUAACUAAACACACUUGUUGAAGACAUGUCAGAAUUGGUUAGUUUUGUCUUUUUGAGCUUGGUGACUGUCUGCAGGUUAUACUACUGGAAUUUGAUUCAUCUUUACACCUGUGUCCAACACUGGCUUUGGGACUUCACAUUCCAUUGCCCAAUGGUUACCACAGGCUCCCUCCAAGGCAGUAGAGCAGCUGGAGCAUCUAGUACUGAGGACUAGAAUGCAUGGAGCUUUACCUCCAUAUUGCAAUGAUGUGCUUAGGCAAAGAGAAUAUAUAUUUGAUCUUUCUAUGAUUUGUUGAGGCACUAUGCUACAAGUGGGAAAGUCGCGGGUUCAAGUCCCGACUUCAUUCAAAUAUAUUAUAAUUUUAAUUGUAAUAUUUAAGUACAGUCAGUUAAAAUUUUGAUGUAUAAGUCCAAAACACAAUAAGGAUCCUUAAUUAGUGAACUGAACGAUAAUUGGAUGCAGUUCAGCAGUUUAAAGCCGAACACUGUACGCCUGAUAUGGAGGCGAAAACAUAUGUCAUGUCCAUAAAAGCUUUAAUAAAACAUGUUGAUACAGUAGUGUCUUCUUGUUUUUAAUAUACAGAGUAUUGUUGUGUAGAUGGUAUAUUCUUGUAGGCUUUAAGAGUUGGAUUUUAUUUGUAUUCAGCACCCAAUCAACAUUGUCUCCAUAAAUAGGGGCCAUAAUACAAAAUCUGACACAGAAUCUAAGGAUUGGAAGGCACAAUAAGGAUAUGAUUAAACACUUCAUUUUUCCCCUUCCCCUAAGGCAUUAUGCCUAAAAAUUAAAUAUAUCAUUACAGCACACAAUCUUUAAGAAACUACGCCAAAGCAAUAACAACAAAAUGGAUAUGUUCUGUAUAUGAAAUGAGUAUUUGGAAGCUGCAUAAUUUUAACGAUUUCUUAUACAGAUUUAAUGUUCGUGAACAUUAAAGGUAUGAAACAAAAACAUAAUUUCUUCAUACAUUAACCUGAGACAAAUUCUUCAAAGUUUCCAACUGUCAUGAAAAUUGUUAGGUAUACUAUAUUAAUUAAAAAAAAGCACAAUAGACCACUGUAGGUUGUGGUGCAAGGGCCGAGGAGUCAUACCCUUCAUACACAAAAUCAUUACCUGUACUUAAAUAUCACUAAAUCUGAACUUAUUUUCUGCAAGCAAUAUAUUUAUACCAUGCCACAUAGCAGUUACACCACUUACACCUAAUAUACAGCCAGCAUUUUACAUGGCUAUACAUUCACAUGAAUCAAGACUGAAAUUAUUUUCUUGCAUAUCAUACCAAAAUAAUAACUUAAUCACAACAAAGAUUAUUUUUUAAGCAUUAUGAUAAGAUGAUAAAGAAAUUCAGCUGGAAACAGUGUCUAGUCAGUGCUAGUACACAGAAGUGUUUCCUUUUAUUAUCAAUGGAAAA